AUGCUUCUGUAUCAACUUCCUUUUUCAAGCCUUUGCAAUAAGUCAGCGCCAGCAAGCAAGGUGAUGAUAGUAGAAGGUUGUGUUGUUGACAAGAUCGUUGUUGAAGAUAAGUUUUCGAAAAGCCAAAGUUGCACGUUUGAAUUGACUGAAAUUAAGAGCGGGGUAAAGCAGAAUCCAGUUCCCAACCCAGAAAGAGCCAAACACGUCAAGUUCAGCAGGAGCAACAAGAAGACUAUCCAGGGAAUGUUCAAAACUACUUGA